GUUUUGAUUAAUAUAUUAUAAAGAAGCCUCUUUAUUACUCUGUAAUGCCACUACAUUUAUUAAUUUGACUUUGAGUCAUCUUCCAUUUCGCAUUUUUUCCAACUCCCUGCAGCUUCUAUUUUUCUAAAGUUACUAAAGCGAGUUAACAGACUGGAACAUCUCGUUGCUCACAGCUGUGCAGAAAGUAUCCUUUAGUCCUGUCAUAGCCACAAUAGAAGUCAAGUUUAGACAAACAAGUUCCAGAUUUGCGAGCAUUGUUUUCAGUAGAAUCCCAAUGCCGUGAGUGGGAUUUGUAGUCAACAUUCACCGCAGAAACUGAAAGCAUAUAUACGAUUAAAACAAUGUUUAAGUCAUGGAGGAGCGACAAGAAAAAGAUCAAAGUUGUAUUCAAGUUGCAGUUUCAGGCAACUCAGGUGCCACGGUUGAAAAAGUCCGCGGUAACGAUAGCCCUGGUGCCGGAGGAUGUUGGAAAGCCAACACUGAGAUUAGAGAAAGUCGCAGUUCAGGAUGGGAGUUGUUUGUGGGAGAAUCCUGUCUUUGAAACGGUGAAACUCAUCAGGGAGACAAAAACAGGGAAACUGAGUGAAAAAAUUUACCAUUUCGUUGUUUCAACUGGGUCCUCAAAAGCAGGUUUUCUUGGUGAAGCGUCAAUUGAUUUUGCUGAUUUUGCAGUAGAAACUGAACCAAUUACUGUUUCUCUGCCCCUGAAGUUCGCUAACUCCGGUGCCAUUCUACACGUGACAAUUCACAAAAUUGAGGGAGAUGCAGAUCAGAGAUAUCUUGGAGAAACUGAAGGUUUUGCCAUUUCCCGAGAUGGAAGCCUACAAAGCCAAGACAACAAUUACAGUGUACAUGAAAAUGACCAAAAUUUCACAGAAGAUGGGCACUUGAAUAUGAUCACAUAUCAGAAUGCUGAACAAAAUGGCAGCAUUAAAGCAUCGAAUGGCUCUACAGCUACAGUAGCAUCAUGUUGGGACAUUUGUUCUGAACAACCAAGAAGGGCUAGUAUUGGUCAGGACCCUGCCAGCUUCCUUUCACCGCUGCGGCUAAAUUCUAUUCCUCAAAGGGGAGCAGGUGCUGUCACGACUAAAAAGCAAAUGCACCGGAGAACAAACACAGAUUGGUCAGUCUGUUCAACUUCAGAUGGAAGUUUAGUUGAGUCAGGUAAUAGCCCAAAAGACAUCCCAAGGGAAUGGCAAGAGGGAUCCGACAGUUCUGUAGAGAAACUCAGAAGUGAAAAUGCUCUUCUACUGAGGCAGGUGGAAGUUUCUGAAUUAGAAUUGGAAUCUCUCAGGAAACAGAUUUUGAAAGAGACCAAACGGACACAGGAUCUGGCAGGACAAAUUAUCAGCCUGAAAGAAGAGAGAGAUGCAGUGAAGACAGAGUUUAAACAACUCAAGUCACACAAAAAUACAGAUGAGGCAGAAAUUGAAAGCAGAUUGCAAGCUGAAAAUGAGGAGUCAAAUGUUCUGCUAGAAGAAAUCAGGCAGGAGCUGAAUCAUGAAAAGGACUUGAAUACCAAUCUCCGUUUGCAGCUGCAGAAGACUGAGGAUUCAAAUUCUAAUCUGAUUCUUGCAGUAAGAGACCUCAAUGAAAUGUUAGAGCAAAAGAACAGGGAAAUAUCGUGCCUCUCAAGUGAGAUAGAAGCAAGUAUGAAUAUGGAAGAGGUGCAGUCAAGUUCCAAAUGCCAUCUGAACGAGGCUGAGGAUCAGAAAACAGUGGAAGAACUCAACAAGGAACAAAAUGAUGCUAAUGAAGUACACAUGAUGAAGCAGACAGUCACAGACCUGAAUGCAGAGUUAGAGUUUUACAGGAAACAUAAAGAGGAGUUAGAGAUGCAUAUAGAAGAACUAAGCCAGGAAAAUGAGGUCCUAAAACGGGAAAAUUACGAUAUCUCUUCCCAGUUAAAGCAAAAUGAGCAACAAGAAUCAAUCAAGAUGCAAAAUGAGUACUUGGAAUCUUUGGCUACCAUAAAUGAACUUGAAUCUCAAGUGCAAAGACUGGAGGAUAAAAUCAAGCAGCAGUCAGAAGAAUACUCAGAAUCUUUAGUUGCCAUUAAUGAACUUGAAAGUCAAGUCAAAGAAUUAAAGAAAGUACUGGAGAAUCGGACACAAAGGUUUGAAGAUGAUCUCAAUACCAUGAUGCAUGCCAAAACAGAGCAGGAAGAAAGGGCUAUCCGAGCAGAGGAGGCCUUAAGAAAGACAAGGUGGAAAAAUGCAGUUACGGCAGAGCGGCUUCAGGAAGAGUUUAAAAGGCUAUCUAUUGAAAUGGCCACUAAGUUUGAUGAGAAUGAAAAGAUGACCACGAAAGCAGUUGCAGAAGCAAAUGAACUGCACAUACAAAAAAGAAAUCUGGAAGAAAUGCUCCAGAAAGCUAAUGAAGAGCUUGAACUACUUAAGGAUCGGACUGGAAUUGAACGACAAGAGCUUUCACAUCAACUAGACAUCAAAGCAAAACAAAUAGAGCAAAUGUCAAUGGAACUUAAUGAUAAGACCAUGCGACUUGAACACACACAAAAGCAAGAGAAGGAAAAGCAAGAGGCUUUCUCAAAAGAAAUCCAGAUGCUCAGAACUGAGAUCGAGAAGCUCACAGAGCAGAGAAGCCAAUUUUCUGAUGAGGCAAAAGAAAAUGGAAAGCAAAGUGAUGAAACCAUAAAAGUGAAGACAUCAAGUGACAAAACUGAGGUGCUGAUACAAAGAUGGAAUAAAGAAAGAGAGGAAUUGGAGAAAAAAAUCGCUUCAGCAAAGAAGGAAGCAGAGAAGGCACAGAAACAAUUAAUUAGUACAAGGUCUUUGAAGGAUAAAAAAGAGAUGAUGAUCACAAAUUUGAAGUCAGAAAUGGAAAACAUUCAAGUGGAGUAUAAUGACUUAAAACAUAAAUUGAUCCGAGAAGAAAUGGAGAAAGAAAAACUGAGAAAACAGGUAUCUCAAUUAAAGAAUGACCUGCAGAAGAAAGAAGAAGAAACCAUCUCUCUAGAAAAACAACCAAAAAAUAAUGGUGGUCAAGCUGCUGUCACUCCAAGAAGCAGCAACUCUACCUCAGCUCCUCAGGGCUCCAAGUCUAUCACCAUGUUGCAGAAGAAAUUGAGGUUGCUUAAGGAUCAGAUAAAUCUCAAGGAAGCUGCAUCGAAAACAUCAGCUAAUUCAGCUCCGGAGAAGGAAAGAAAUCUCAGCAACAUGAUUGAACAGCUAGAGAGCAGCAUGGAACAACUCAAAAUUUGUCAUUGUAUCUCUGCAGAUCAUUGUCAAGAGGAAACUAUAUCUGCUGGAAUCUUUGCUGCAAAUGUCACCAAAUCUGAAGAAAGAGGAAAGUCACCAGACAACAUGCUACAUUCCAAGAUGAACACUGCAGAAGGCAUGUCUUUCUCAACCAGAGCAGUACCAGUUGAAAGGUAUGAGCAUAAAAUAAGAAGGAAAGAAACUAACGCAGAGAGAGAGCAUAAAUGCUCCACUUCUGAUACCAACACUGGUGCUAAUCUUGCCGAGUUGCUAUGUGAAGUGGAAUGUCUUAAGGAAAGGAAUAAAUCUAUGGAGCGUGAGCUUAAAGACAUGGAAGAAAGAUAUUCAGAAAUAAGCCUCAAAUUUGCAGAAGUGGAAGGUGAAAGACAGCAACUUGUAAUGACAGUACGAAACCUUAAGAACAGCAAGAAGAGCUAGCAUGUUCAAAAAUGCAGUAUGUUUGGCAAAGAAUUCUAGGCAGAGUGAAGCAGCUGAUCUUCUUCAUAGAAGAUACAAGUGUGAUACUUACAUCAAAGUUCAAUCAAGAUAUCCUUACCAUUUGACCUUGUGAAACGGCAUUUUCCUUUAUUUGUUGCUCAUCUCCUGAUAGGAACACUGAGGAAUUGGAUUCAACCAACUACGUUGAAAGUUCAAAAAAGUAAAUCUUGAUUUUGAGGUUUUAUAUGUUUA